GUACGCUCGAGCGUCUUCCAGUACGCGACUCGUGUGCACGAGGUAAACACGGCAUCCUAUGCCAAUUAGAAUGGAAUGAUACGUAAAGAGUGAGAGAGAAUUUCGUCGCUUCCAGUCAGCUCGAUCGCAGAAUCAGCCUAGACAUGUACGGUUUCGUGAAUUACGCUCUCGAGCUCCUCGUUGUGAAGAACUUUGGCAGCAAAACAUGGGAUGAGAUAAAGAAAGAUGCUGCUGUUAAUAUGGACGGACAAUUUCUAGUACGACAAAUUUAUGACGAUGAAAUUACAUAUAAUCUUAUAGCAGCCGCUGUUAAUCGAUUGAACAUUCCUGCAAACGAUAUAUUGGAACUGUUCGGACGAAUGUUCUUUGACUUCUGUCAGGAUUCCGGAUACGAUAAAAUCCUUCAAGUUCUUGGGGCAACACCUAGAGAUUUUUUGCAGAAUUUAGAUGCACUUCAUGAUCAUUUGGGUACUUUGUAUCCUGGAAUGAGGGCACCAUCUUUUCGAUGUACAGAAAGACCAGAGGAUGGUGCUUUGGUAUUGCAUUAUUACUCGGAUCGACCGGGUUUGGAAUACAUCGUUAUUGGAAUUGUUAAGACCGUGGCGAAAAAGCUUCACGGGACAGACGUGGACAUGGAGAUCCUGAAGACGAAAAACGAAUGUGAUCAUGUUCAAUUCUUGAUAACCAAUACAUCGGGACCCGGUGUCGUUUCGAAUUCUAUGAUCGUCGAACAUGAAAUGUUGUCUGCUGAACCAAAGGUGAGCCCCACUACGUUUUGCAGAGUGUUUCCUUUCCAUAUUAUGUUCGACCGGGAUCUUACGAUAGUGCAAACAGGCUACACCAUCACUCGUAUUUUACCACAGGUCUGCAGUGGUAGUUGCAAAUUAACCGACAUACUUUUUGCCGUCAGGCCGCAUUUGGAAUUAACAUUUGAAAACAUACUGUCACACAUAAACACUGUCUACGUGUUGAGGACUAAAAAAGGAGCGAUGCGUGUUGCAUCCUCGGAAGAAUACGCGUAUCUACGUCUGAAGGGUCAAAUGUUGUACAUACCUGAGAACGAUCUGACAAUUUUCCUCUCUUAUCCCAGUGUUAUGAAUCUCGACGAUCUUACGAGACGUGGUUUAUACCUAAGCGAUGUGCCACUACACGAUGCAACGAGGGACCUCGUCUUGAUGUCGGAGCAGUUCGAAGCGGAUUAUAAGUUGACAAGAAACUUGGAAUUACUCACCGAUAAGUUACAGCAGACGUAUCGUGAACUCGACGGUGAGAAGCAAAAGACCGACAGGUUACUAUACUCUGUAUUGCCGAUUUCCGUGGCGAACGAACUUAGGCAUUCGAGGCCAGUACCCGCAAAGAAAUACGAUUGCGUGACACUUCUCUUCUCGGGAAUCGUCGGGUUUGGAGCUUAUUGUGCAGCUCACACAGAUUCUGGUGGUGCUAUGAAGAUUGUUAACAUGCUCAAUCAAUUGUAUACUGCUUUCGACGUACUCACCGAUCCAAAGAAGAAUCCUAAUGUUUACAAGGUGGAAACUGUAGGCGACAAAUAUAUGGCGGUGAGCGGAUUACCAGAACCAUGUCGUUGUCAUGCACGAUGUAUAGCACGACUUGCGCUAGAUAUGAUGGAUCUUGCCGCAGACGAGGUCCAAAUCGAUGGAGAACCUGUGAAAAUCACCAUCGGUAUACACAGUGGCGAAGUUGUAACUGGAGUAAUCGGACAUCGUAUGCCACGAUAUUGUUUGUUUGGAAAUACCGUAAAUCUUACCAGUCGAACGGAAACUACCGGAGAACCCGGUAAAAUAAAUGUUUCGGAGGAUGCUUACAGUUCGCCUAGUUGGAAAUCGCGUUUUAUCUGCAAUCUAUGUAGGAGCAAAGUAAAAGGCUUCGACUUCCAUCGAAAGUUAUACGAUCGACUUUUAAAAUGGUCGCAGAUAGAUACACAUACAUAUACACAUAAACGAUAUGCGAACUAUAGAGAACUCGAAGGCAAACGGCAGAGAACGAAACGAGCGAUUAAAUCGCGCUGCGCAUUUCGCACCGAGGUAAGAGGCAAUUAUUUUUUUUCCUUUUUUCGUCCACUUUCUUUUUUUCCUUAUUUUUUUUCCCCCUUCAACUCUCUUUCAUCGAUACUCGCCUUUGCGUUCACCGUAAUUUUCCCAGCUAGUGUUAGGUACGUAAGUACUUACCUGUAUUUACGUACGAAUUUUCCAGAGGAAGGAUUACACGUGUGCCGUAAGGUCAGAAUAUUACGUGCAAUUAUCGAUCGACUCGUACUAUCGGGAAGCCGUUUCCCUCACAUCUAAUAGCACUGGGAGUUCUCCAUGAUUUACGAGAUCGUCGCUUACGCCAAUAUUACGGAUAGUUUUCUCGUAAUUUACACGUUAACCGUGUGCUUGACGUAAGUUUCUUUAACAUAGAUCUGUCUCCUUCUAUCAUCGAGUAAUAAAUGCGAAAAGUUUUUCCGAUACAUAACGGAAAGUUGAUUACGAACUGUUCCUAAUUAGUAUAAUUCUAUGUUGAAAAAUAUUUCCAAGCAUGUUGGAGUUAAAUUUUUUUAUGAAAACAAAAAUUACACACGUGUAGAUAAAUAGCUAUGUGC